AUGGCCGAUCGCAACGAGAAAAUACUGAGCGAGCUACUGAAAUAUCCCGGAAAUAAUGUUUGCGCCGAUUGUGGGGCUAAAAGUCCAGAAUGGGCAUCAUACAACAUCGGAAUUUUUAUAUGCACCCGCUGUUCCGGAGUCCACCGGAGCAUGGGAGUUCAUAUCAGUAAAGUGAAGCAUCUGAAAUUAGACAGAUGGGAAGACUCACAAGUUGAGAGAAUGAAGACAACAGGAAACACCAAAGGAAAGAUGAAGUAUGAAGAGAGGGUACCAUCUUGUUACAGGAGACCCAAAGAAAAUGAUCCACAAGUUCUAAUUGAACAAUGGAUUAGAGCAAAGUAUUUGCGUGAGGAGUUUUGCUACCCUGAAAGACAGCAGUACACUAGUGGCUACAUGCAGGGAUUUCUCAUGAAACGUGGUAAAGAAGACAGUAGGUACCAGUCAAGGAAAUUUGUGCUUUCUGAAGCUGAAGACACUUUGAAGUAUUUUGUUAGAGAAAAUAGAGAACCCAAGGCUGUCCUUAGAAUAUCAGAAUUGAAUGUAGUGUUUGCCCCAGAAAAAAUCGGCCAUCCCAACUCAUUACAGCUCACAUUCUUGAAAGAUGGUACAACUAGGCAUAUUUAUGUCUCUCAUGAUGAGGGUGAAGUUAUUAUCAACUGGUAUAUGGCAGUGAGAUGUGCUAAAUUGCACAGACUACAGGUAGCUUACCCUUCAGCUAGUGAACACGACCUCAUGGACUAUUUGACGGAGGAUUUCGCGAAAGAGGGUUGGCUGUGGAAGACGGGGCCCCGACUAUCGGACGGUUUCAAGAAGCGCUGGUUCACCCUCGACAACAGGAAGCUGAUGUACCACGACGAGCCUUUAGAUGCUUAUCCCAAAGGGGAAAUAUUCUUAGGUCAUUCUUUGGACGGUUUCAGCAUCAGGAUAGGCGUGGCGGCUGCUAUCAAAGAUCAGGGUUUCUCGUUUUCCUUGACAACUCCCGACAGAACCUACAAUUUAUCCGCACAGACUGAACAUGACAGAGAUCACUGGAUCGAGGUGAUUCAGAGGGUGCUGGAGAAGCUUUUGACACCUCAAGAUUUGGCAAUAUCAGGAAGACUAAUUAGGAAGAGAGCCAAUACCAACUCAAUGAGCAUAUUCUCCCAAAGGUAG